ACUAUUCAUUAUUGAUUGAUUGUGCUGAAUCCGACAGCACAUUGUGCUGACAGCCCAAACAGCACGCUUAACAACGCGUCUGAUUCAUACGAUCACUGCAAAAGUGAUAUAUCACUCUCUGUCGAGCUAUCUAUUUCAUUGUGUUAUUGGCAUAUCUAUCAUCUCACAUCCAUAGUCCAACAACAUCCGUAUACUUCAACCACCACCGCCAUGGAUUCCAAACUCACCUUAAACUCGCUUAACCAAGCGGCCCUCAACGAAUUCGUCAAGCUCCCUGUCUCUCGGGACAUGGUCUGCCACCUCGCCCGUCAUGCAUCACAGGUCAUCCGCUGCGAAUCACCACCAGCCAGCCCUCAGCAACCAACACCACCCAGCACACCCCCCACAGACGAUGCCCUGGACAACAGCGGCGUGCCCUCACUGCCCUCGGUGGAAACAUUCAUCGCCUCCAUUGUCACCCGCUCCCAGGUGCAAGUGCCAACUCUCAUGGCAUCCCUGGUCUUCCUGGAGCGUCUACGCUCACGGCUUCCACCCGUCGCUAAGGGCAUGCGCUGCACCGUGCACCGCAUCUUCUUGGCUAGUCUGAUCCUGGCCGCGAAGAACCUCAACGACUCGAGUCCCAAGAACAAGCACUGGGCGAGGUACACGGUCGUCAAGGGGUAUGAUGGGUUCGGGUUCUCGUUGCCGGAAGUGAACCUCAUGGAGCGGCAGUUGCUCUUCCUGCUUGAUUGGGAGACUCGUGUUACGGAGGAUGAACUAUUCACGCACCUCGAACCGUUCCUAGGUCCGAUUCGUCGUCGGUUCCAGAUCCAGGAACAUGAGAAGAAGAGACAGCAGGAGUUGUACAGACAAUCGUGUCUGCAGCUCUCGCCUGAGAGUCUUCGUCAUCAGAGUCCAUCUACGCCAUCCCGUCAUGGUAGUCCCCGUCGACACCCCGAGCACUCGCCCACUCCUGCUUCGCGGCACUCGGUGAUUGCGACGCCGUAUACGCACCGCCGUGCAAACCGCUCUAUCUCGCCCCCGUCAAUCAAGGACGUGCCAUCCCUUUCCCGCGCAGAGACAUUCACAUCCCUUAGCUCCUGCGCUUCUAGCAUGACUACUUCAUCGCGGGGUACACCAGCAUCAAUCAGCUCAUCCAACGGCGUCGACGAAGUCCUGGUCGCAGAUAGCGGCAACAGCCCCCAUCUAUGCACCGCUAACUAUAUGACCAUUCCGCCGAAAGCAGAUGUCAAAAUGCAUUCGCUCUCCCACUCGCACUCCCUGUCAAGUGAUAACGUGAGCAACAAGAAGAUGCGCCUUGGCCACCACUCCGGGGGAUCAGGUCUCGUUGCAAGAUUCCUAGCGUCGGCUUCGUAUAUGGGUGGACGGAUUGGGAGGGCUUAGGUUUCUGUUUCUGUUCUUUCGUGUCCGUCUUUUACUGAGCUGGUCUCGUGCUUUUAUUUUUGAUGAUUUGCCUGGUCUUGUUUGAUCUGAUUUCUAUGAUCUAUAAUACCCUAUUUCCUAUUUUUUACCCUGUUUCCAAAAUCUGUUUCAUGCAUUGACGGCGUUUCAAUUGGUGAAUGUUGUUUUGGUUAUAAUUGAUUCCCUGGAUGCUACAUGUUAUGCUAUGUUAUGCUAUGUUAUGCCUCGCCAUGUCUUUCUUUUUACUCUCAUUUGUCUGCCAUGCUCAUGAAAACCAAUAUCCUAAAUUCUCUGACAUUCCGAGUAUGCGAGUUGACCACAUAGACUUUU